CACUUGUCCUACCUUUUUCCUCCUAUCAACCCCACAAGCCUUUGGCACAAUGAAGUGGGUGACUUUUAUUUCGCUUCUCUUUCUCUUCAGCUCUGCUUAUUCCAGGGGUGUGGUUCGUCGUGAAACACACAAGAGUGAGAUCGCUCAUCGGUUUAAAGAUUUGGGAGAAGAAAAUUUCAAAGGCCUGGUGCUGAUUGCCUUUUCUCAGUAUCUCCAGCAGUGCCCAUUUGAAGAACAUGUUAAGUUAGUGGGUGAAGUAACUGAGUUUGCAAAAACAUGUGUCGCCGAUGAGACAGCUGAAAAUUGCGACAAGUCACUUCCGACUCUUUUCGGAGAUAAAUUAUGUACAAUUGCAACUCUUCGUGAAACCUAUGGCGACAUGGCUGACUGCUGUGCGAAGCAAGAACCUGAGAGAAAUGAAUGCUUCCUGAAGCACAAGGAUGACAAACCAUCCCUUCCUGCCCUGGUCAGACCAGAGGCCGAUGUCAUGUGUACCUCUUUCCAGGAAAGUGAAAAUAUGUUUUUGGGAAAGUACUUAUAUGAAGUUGCCAGGAGACAUCCUUACUUUUAUGCCCCAGAGCUCCUUUACUAUGCUCAAAAGUACAAAACCGCAUUGAAGGAGUGCUGCGCCGAGGCUGACAAAGCUGCCUGCCUGACACCGAAGCUUGAUGCUUUGAAGGAAAAGGCACUGUUCUCAUCUGCCAAACAGAGACUCAAGUGUACCAGUCUCCACAAGUUCGGAGAAAGAGCUUUCAAAGCAUGGGCAGUAGCUCUCUUGAGCCAGAAAUAUCCCAAAGCUGACUUUGCAGAAAUUACCAAGAUAGCGAAAGAUCUUACCAAAGUCCACACUGAAUGCUGCCACGGUGACCUGCUUGAAUGCGCAGAUGACAGGGCGGACCUGGCCAAGUACAUGUGUGACAAUCAAGACUCCAUCUCCUCUAAACUGAAGGAAUGCUGUGAUAAACCUCUGCUGGAAAAAGCCCACUGCAUAGCUGAGACAGAACACGACGACCCGCCUGCUGACUUGGCGGCGUUGGAGGCUGAUUUUGUUGAGGAUAAGGAUGUUUGCAAAAACUACGCUGAGGCAAAGGAUGUCUUCCUGGGCACGUUUCUGUAUGAAUAUGCAAGAAGACACCAUGAUGAUUCUACCCUUAUGGUGCUGAGAAUUGCCAAGGCAUAUGAAGCCACCCUGGAGAGGUGCUGUGCUACCGCAGACCCUCCUUCAUGCUACGGCAAAGUGAUGGAGGAAUUUAAGGCUCUUUCAGAGGAGACUCACAAUUUAGUCAAACAGAACUGUGAACUUUUUGAACAGCUGGGAGAAUAUGGUUUCCAAAAUGCACUCUUAAUUCGUUACACCAAGAAGUCACCUCAGGUGCAAACUUCGACUCUUGUGGAGAUUGGAAGGAAACUGGGAAGUUUGGGAAGCAGGUGCUGUAAACACCCUGAGUCAGAGAGAAUGCACUGUGCUGAAGAAUAUCUGUCCCUGGUGCUGAACAAGAUGUGCUUGGCUCAUGAAAAGGCGCCCGUGAGUGACAGAAUCACCAAAUGCUGCUCAGAGUCCUUGGUGAACAGGCGGCCAUGCUUUUCUGCUCUGCCACCCGAUGACACAUUUGAACCCAAAAAAUUCGAGGCUGACUCAUUCACCUUCCAUGCAGAUAUAUGCACAAUUCCUGACACGGAGAAACAAAUCAAGAAACAAACUGCACUUGUUGAAUUGGUUAAACACAAGCCCCACGCCACAAAUGAUCAGCUGAAAACAGUUAUGGGAGAUUUCACAGCGUUUGUUGAUAAGUGCUGUAAAGCUGAAGACAAGGAGGCCUGCUUUGCAGAGGAGGGUCCAAAACUUGUUGCUGCAAGUCAAGCUGCCUUAGCCUAAAAACAUCACAAUCACAAGCAACUCAGCCUGCCCUGAGAAUAAGAGAAAAAGAAAUGAAGACCUAGAGCUUAUUCAUCUGUUUUUCUUUUCCAUUGGUGUGAAACCAACAUCUUAUCUAAGAAACACAAAUUUCCUUGAACAUUUUGCUUCUUCUCUCUGUGCCUCAAUUAAUAAAAAAUAAAAAAAAAUUCA